AUAAAUGCUUGUGCAUCUUUACGUGCCAUGCGUCCCACACCCUGACUCUCAGCAAAACAGAGGCACGGCAGGGCUGAGCGAUGUUUGACGCGCUCCUAUUACAACCAGCGGGACCCUGAAACAAAUUGGAAAGCCCAGGAGCGGACAUAUUGAUUCCGAAGCUCACAACAGUCGCCGUCUCCUGCCCUCGGCCUGACCUCAUGGAUCCCGGUGGAAGCGAACUGGACUCCAGCCUGCCUCAGCCGGAGAACCCGUGCCUGAUAGUGGAAGAUUCCCAGCCGGACAGCGUCGGUCUGGAGGACGACCCGGAGAGCAGCUACCGAGCGCUGCUAGCCCGCCGCCUGUCCAGCCUGCAACCGGCCGCCCGCAGCCCGGUUCUGGAACUGAUAUCAUCACCACCAGGAAGUAGAUGCUCCCAAACUGACAGCCAAUCAGAGAGUAACACCCAGGCUGAACCAGAGGUCAUGGCUGCAGCCAACCCCAACUCACUGCUGCAGGAGGAGAGUCAAGUUAUCAACGUCUGUCCGCAUCCCAGCAAGAAAAAGUUUGUACCUGAGGAUUCUGAAAUGGAUCCUGGAGCCGAUUCUACGACUAACUGUGUUCAGUCUGACGGUGGAUCGUCUCAGUUUGGGUUUCUGGAGCUCUCACAGAGUCAGGACCUAGAAGCUGGCGGGGAUCUCGGCCAUCGCUCUGAAAAGCAGCAGCGUGUUGCCCCCAAAACUUUGCCGCAUCAAGAUAACAAAGCAGUGAGGUCGGAGGUUAGCUCCAGCAGCUCCUCAGAGUCCGUUUGCCAGUCGGGUCGCCAGCUGACCGUCCAGGUUCUGCUGCACUCCCAGAACCUGCAGGAGUCCGAGGAGCCGGACCAGCAGGACUGUGACGUCCUGUCGUCACAGGAAGAUCUGUUCGACGCCGACAAGUCGGGCGGCGGUGUGGACAGCACGGUGUCGGAACCGGAGCAGCCGGCUCGGCCCACCUCGACGCCGGCCCACAGCCUGCAGCUGCUGCAUCUGUCCGGACAGGGAACGCUGGUCCCGGAGAGUCUGUCCCAAAGCUCCGUUGACUACGUCGCCCCAACGCCGGACAACUUCCCCCACACUCCUUUAAUCAUUCCAAGCUCGCCGACCGAAGCGGAAAACGAACGCGACGAGGACAUGGACACCUCGCUUCCGCCGGAGGAGCGAGCUGCGGCGACGGACGAGCCGAUGGAAACGGACGCCGCCUCGAGGCCACACUCACCUACCUCUGCUCCGGUCUCCCAGAAUGCCUCUGGUUCAGAGCGAGCGCUCCCUGUGCCGUCACAGCCAGAGUUCUCUCAUGUACGCAUUUCCAGAGAUGUUUUUGUUCCAACACAGAGCCAAGAAGCUAGCAGGAAGUCUCCAUCGUUGCCUUCUGAGACCCAGUCUUCGCUCCGGGAGUCGUUUCCCUCGGCGCUGCAGCUUUCUGUGAACGCCGAUAGCGGCGACCCGGUUCCGGUGGAGGACGACAGUCAGGACACGCAGAUAGAGGAGCUGGAAGAGCCGCCGGUCGUUGACGCCGCGGCUCUGGAGGAGUCACACCAACCCGGCCGGACUGAGCCGGACCUGCCGCAUGAGUCCGACAGGCAGCAACAGGAAACAGAGACAAAUGUGAACGAAAGCAGCAACACUAACCACUCUGAUGCGGCGGCGAACAGCUGCGUGCAGGAGACGCCGUGCAGCACCACUGAACAGAACCAUUCGACGGACAAAAACAAGAUGGACGACUGUGAGGAAGAGGAGGUCAUGAAGGAGGAGAACGCUGGUGGCGCCUCAGCGAUGGCGCUGGUCCUCUCCGAGAGUCAGCUGAUGUCCCCAGAGCCAAUGGAGGAGGAGAAGAUCCAGGACAGCGUCGUCGUGGCAACCGACGGAGAGAAAGACAGGGCCUCACAGCCGGAGUCCGGCAUUUCGGAGGCCAACGGAGCCAAACGGGCCAUCACGGCUAACGGCCACCGGCAGCAGAGCCAGGAAGAGAGAGCGGAGGACGCCCUGGGCGGGCGAGAAAUGGAGGGCGUCAAAGACAAGAGCCUGAGUGACAGCUCUGGAGACAUUUCUUUCCACUUCACUCUCCCUAAAGAGGGCGAGCUGAUUGGUCCGGCCGUGGGGUCGACGCCGCCGCCGGUCAGCCAGCUGAAGCAGACGCUCAGACACAGCACGCCCAUCGAGAUUGCUCCCUUUUCGGAGAAGCCGUGCGGUGGGGGCGACGACGCGGCGGCUGACGGGGAAGACGGGAAGCUGAGCCUGAGGAUGAAGCUGGUGACGCCGGUGGAGGAGGGCGGCUCCGAACGCUUCAGCCUGCAGAAGCCGGUGCUGUCAGAGGAGGAGGAAGAGUCGGUUGCCACGGUUACGACGGUUUCCACGGCUGUAACCAGCCCGUCGGUGUUCACUCGCGUUCGGCAGGCUCACCGGCAGCAGGGGGCGGAGCAGGACGCUCACCCUGGAAACAACGCCGUCCUCAGGGGGAAACUGUUCGCCUCGCCACAGAGGAACUCCCAGGUUUCUCCGCUGGGAUUCAACAGCCUCCCGAACAGCCAAUCAGAGCCGUCGCAGCCAGACGCGUCGUCGGCGCCGCAGAACAGCCUUAAAAAUGCCGGCGUUCCUGCGGAGCCGACCAGGAAGAGGCGGGAGCCGUCAGAGGCUCCGGAUCUCGGUCCUCUGACCAGCGUGGAGGUGGGGCAGAAGGAGGCGUCCCAGAAGACGCCUGACGGCGCCAACUCUGCCACUCCGUCCAGCAAGGCCCGGCAGCGGAUCGCCUCCCAGCAGACCGGUGUGGACGGGUCGGGCCCUCGCUCUCCUGGCGGCCGGGGCGAGCCGGAGACGCCGUCGAUCAGGAGAACCGCGGCGCCGGCCCACCGUCGGCACGUCCGCACCAUCCAGGAGGUCCGGACCACCGUGACGCGGAUCAUCACAGACGUUUACUACGAGGACGGCAGGGAGGUGGACCGCAGGGUCACAGAGGAGACCGAGGAGCCUGUGGUGGACUGUCAGGUUCUGGACAGCGACAUUUCUCCGUGCCGCACCGGCAGCAGCUCCAUGACCUCCGGUGACCUUGGCGACAUCAGCUCUCUGUCCUCCAAGGCCUCCAGCCUGCAUCACAGCUCCGGCGGGACGAGCGGCAGCACCGGCCUCAGCAGACCCGACUUCGUCAUGCCGCCCAGCAGGGGGUUCCGAUCCGUGAGCCUCAGGAGGGGAGGUGGGCAUCCACAGAGGGGUCACAGGGGUCAAAGGGCGGGGUCGGUGGUCACUGUGGGCAGAGGCGGCAGCAGCUUCGUCCCACUGACCCCUAGAGGAAGGGCCCGAAGGGGCCGGCCUCCGUCCCGCUCCUCCCCGUCCAGGGGCGGCGGCGCCGGCCCGCUGCAGAGGCUCGGCGCUCUCGCCCAGACUCACUCCUCCUCUGAGGACGAGCCGUUUGCCUGCAUGCUGCCCCCGCGGCUCCCCGCCAGCCCGUUGGACGCCGACCCGCCCGGCCGCUCCGACUCCCUGCGCUCGUCGCCGGAUGCGUCGCUGUCGGCCGGCAGAGGCUUCGUCGGUCUGCGCGUCGUCGCCAAGUGGUCGUCCAACGGCUACUUCUACUCUGGUCGGAUUGUGAAGGACGCCGGGGACAGCCGCUUCCGGCUCCGCUUCGACGAUGGCUAUGAGUGCGAAGUGGCGGGGAAGGACAUCCUGCUGUGCGACCCCAUCCCGCUGGAGACGGAGGUCACGGCGCUGCUGGAGGACGAGUACUUCAGCAUCGGGGUCGUGAAGGGCCACAAAACGGAAGGCCAGGAUCUAUUCUACAGCGUGGAGAAGGACGGCCAGAGGCAGUGGCACAACCGGACGGCGGUCAUCCUGUCCCUGGAUCAGGGCAACAAGCUGAGGGAGCAGCACAGCCUGGGGCCCUACGAGCCCACCACCCCGCUCACCAAAGCCUCCGACAUCAGCCUGGAUAACCUGGUGGAGGGGAAGAGGCGGCGCAGAGGAACCCCAGGGGGCGCCAACACGCCGAGCCGCAGCUCCUCCGGCGGCGCCCGGACCCCCGGCCCGUCCGGCAAGAGGAAGCUGGUUCCGUCCGAGGAGAACAAGACGCCGUCUAAGAGGGGGCGAAGAGGGGGAGGAGCCAGAGCUGGCCAGCGGCUCAGCGUGUGCAACACGUCCGGCAGCGGAUCGGACCUGCCGGGUCGGCCCAGCGAUGUCGUGGAGACCCACGGCCCGCUGCCCCAGAACUCGUCUCUGUUCAUGGGCUUCGCCUUCAUGCUGACGGCGUCGUCAGAGGUCGACCGGAUGACCAACAAGGUCACCAGCGACGACGAGGAGGAUUACGUCCAGACGGGUCCGUACAACAAACCGUACACAGAGUCCCAGCUGCAGGCCGGCGGCGGCUUCAUCCUGCCCGACUUCAACGAGGAGCAGUGCAAGGCGGCCUAUCAGAGCCUGCUCAUCGCCGACCAGCACUGCCGUACCAGGAAGUACCUGCUGUGUUUGGCCAGCGGCGUUCCCUGCGUCUCCCACAUCUGGGUGCGUGACUGCUGCAAAGAGAACAAGCUGCUGAACUACAGGAACUACCUGCUGCCGGCCGGCGUCGGCCCCGAAGACGCCAUCGUGGAGUGGCAUCCGCGCUGCAGCCCAUUCAAAGCACUCCGGGUCCUCCUGGUGUCCAAGAAGCCGAACGAGUUGUGGGCCCAGCUGGUGACGAUGGGCGGAGCUUCAUCCGUACGGCAGCACCAGACCGACGGCGAUGCAUCAGAGAUUCCUGCCGGGAAGUACGACGUGGUGGUGGCGGACCACACCUGUCCGCCGGCGGUGGAGCGGAGUGUGACAUCACAGGAAGUGCCGAUUGUGUCUCCGGAGUGGCUGGUCCAGAGUGUAAUCUGUGGGGAGCGUCUGGGUUUUAACAGCCGGCCUCAGUGCUCUUCCUCCCCCUCCUCCUCAUAAUCUGACUGUAAGGCCUUGGACCAAGCUCAGUGUUCUGUUGCAUGCCUCUGCUGUACAUAAACGUGUUUUUAUGGGACAAUAAAUUGUGACAUGUUUCAUUUUAA